AUGGGAGUAACAAAAAAACCUGACUUGAACGAUCCUGUAUUAAGAGCUAAAUUAGCUAAAGGGAUGGGUCAUAAUUAUUACGGAGAACCCGCAUGGCCCAAUGAUCUUUUAUAUAUCUUUCCAGUAGUUAUUCUAGGUACUAUUGCAUGUAACGUAGGCUUAGCGGUUCUAGAACCAUCAAUGAUUGGUGAACCAGCAGAUCCAUUUGCAACUCCUUUGGAAAUAUUACCUGAAUGGUAUUUCUUUCCCGUAUUUCAAAUACUUCGUACAGUACCUAAUAAGUUAUUAGGUGUUCUUUUAAUGGUUUCAGUACCUGCGGGAUUAUUAACAGUACCUUUUUUGGAAAAUGUUAAUAAAUUCCAAAAUCCAUUUCGUCGUCCAGUAGCGACAACCGUUUUUUUGAUUGGUACCGCAGUGGCCCUUUGGUUGGGUAUUGGAGCAACAUUACCUAUUGAUAAAUCCCUAACUUUAGGUCUUUUUUAA